GGACCUCCUACCAGCCUGUUUCAGCCACCUCGUCGUCCUGGUCUUGGAACUGUUGGAAAACCAAUCCGAUUGUUAGCCAAUCAUUUUCAGGUUCAAAUUCCUAAAAUAGAUGUGUAUCAUUAUGAUGUGGAUAUUAAACCAGAAAAGCGGCCUCGUAGAGUCAACAGGGAGGUAGUAGAUACAAUGGUGCGGCACUUCAAGAUGCAAAUAUUUGGUGAUCGGCAGCCUGGUUAUGACGGCAAAAGAAACAUGUACACAGCACAUCCACUGCCAAUUGGACGGGAUAGGGUUGAUAUGGAAGUGACUCUUCCAGGUGAGGGUAAGGAUCAGACCUUUAAAGUGUCUGUUCAAUGGGUGUCCGUUGUAAGCCUUCAGUUGCUGUUAGAAGCUUUAGCCGGGCACUUGAAUGAAGUGCCAGAUGAUUCAGUACAAGCACUUGAUGUCAUCACAAGACACCUUCCCUCCAUGAGGUAUACUCCAGUGGGCCGUUCCUUUUUCUCACCUCCUGAAGGUUACUAUCACCCUCUGGGAGGGGGCAGGGAAGUUUGGUUUGGUUUUCAUCAAUCUGUGAGACCUGCCAUGUGGAAUAUGAUGCUUAAUAUUGAUGUAUCUGCAACUGCUUUCUACCGGGCUCAACCUAUCAUUGAAUUCAUGUGUGAAGUUUUAGAUAUUCAGAAUAUCAAUGAACAGACCAAACCUCUAACAGACUCCCAGCGUGUCAAGUUUACCAAAGAAAUCAGAGGUCUUAAAGUGGAGGUGACUCACUGUGGACAGAUGAAACGCAAAUAUCGAGUUUGUAAUGUAACUAGAAGGCCAGCCAGUCAUCAAACUUUUCCUUUACAGCUGGAAAAUGGUCAAGCUAUGGAAUGCACAGUAGCUCAAUACUUUAAGCAAAAGUAUAGUUUGCAACUGAAAUACCCCCAUCUUCCCUGUCUCCAAGUGGGACAAGAACAAAAGCAUACAUACUUGCCACUUGAGGUCUGUAAUAUAGUGGCAGGACAGCGAUGUAUAAAGAAGCUUACAGACAAUCAGACUUCCACGAUGAUCAAAGCCACAGCAAGAUCUGCUCCUGACAGACAGGAAGAAAUCAGCAGACUGGUGAAGAGUAACAGCAUGGUGGGUGGACCUGAUCCGUACCUUAAAGAAUUUGGUAUUGUUGUCCACAAUGAAAUGACAGAGCUAACAGGCAGGGUACUUCCUGCUCCAAUGCUGCAAUAUGGAGGUCGGAAUAAAACAGUAGCCACUCCCAACCAGGGUGUCUGGGACAUGCGAGGAAAGCAGUUUUAUGCUGGCAUUGAAAUUAAAGUCUGGGCAGUUGCUUGUUUUGCACCUCAAAAACAAUGUAGGGAAGAUUUACUAAAGAGUUUUACUGACCAGCUUCGUAAAAUCUCUAAGGACGCAGGAAUGCCCAUCCAGGGGCAGCCUUGUUUCUGCAAGUACGCACAAGGUGCAGACAGCGUGGAGCCCAUGUUUAAACACCUGAAAAUGACGUACGUGGGCCUACAGCUAAUAGUGGUUAUCUUGCCUGGAAAGACACCAGUAUAUGCGGAGGUGAAACGUGUUGGAGAUACCCUCCUUGGAAUGGCCACACAGUGUGUCCAGGUGAAAAAUGUUGUGAAGACUUCACCCCAAACUCUUUCCAACCUUUGCCUGAAGAUAAAUGCAAAGCUUGGAGGAAUCAACAAUGUGCUUGUACCUCAUCAAAGGCCCUCAGUGUUCCAACAGCCUGUCAUCUUCCUGGGUGCAGAUGUCACACACCCUCCAGCAGGGGAUGGGAAGAAGCCUUCCAUUGCUGCUGUUGUUGGCAGUAUGGAUGGCCACCCCAGCCGGUACUGUGCCACUGUUAGAGUGCAGACUUCUCGCCAGGAGAUUUCUCAGGAGCUCCUCUAUAGCCAGGAGGUUAUCCAGGACCUUACCAACAUGGUUCGAGAACUGCUGAUCCAGUUUUACAAAUCUACACGUUUUAAACCCACCAGAAUCAUCUACUACCGUGGAGGGGUCUCUGAGGGACAAAUGAAACAGGUAGCUUGGCCAGAACUAAUAGCAAUUCGAAAGGCAUGCAUUAGCUUGGAAGAAGAUUACCGGCCAGGAAUAACGUAUAUUGUGGUACAGAAAAGACAUCACACAAGACUCUUCUGUGCAGAUAAAACAGAAAGGGUGGGGAAGAGUGGCAAUGUCCCAGCAGGCACUACAGUGGAUAGUACCAUCACACAUCCGUCUGAGUUUGACUUUUACCUCUGUAGUCAUGCAGGAAUUCAGGGAACCAGCCGUCCUUCACAUUACCAGGUCCUGUGGGAUGAUAACUGCUUCACGGCGGAUGAGCUCCAGCUCUUAACUUAUCAACUGUGUCACACCUAUGUACGGUGCACACGCUCAGUCUCUAUUCCAGCCCCUGCCUAUUAUGCCCGACUGGUAGCAUUCAGGGCAAGGUACCAUUUGGUGGAUAAAGAUCAUGACAGUGCGGAAGGCAGUCAUGUGUCAGGACAGAGCAAUGGCCGAGAUCCUCAGGCCUUGGCGAAAGCUGUUCAGAUCCACCAUGAUACCCAGCAUACAAUGUAUUUUGCCUGAGAGUCUCAGAAAAAUAACUCCACCAGCUUGGCACCCCCUUCAGCCUCAUAAUGUUUCAAAUGCCUCUCACCUCUAGAGAGAGCCAAGUUGACUUCAGGUGGUCUUCGACCAGCAGCUUGGAAUAGUUGCACUGAAUCUGUACUUCAUAGCACUGUCUAAUGCAUCAACAAAAUUGAGCCAUUUUUGAAAAAGAGAAAAGUAAUAGAUACUCAUAGAUUGUCUUUUCUGAUGCACUGGACUGAAUUUUUACCUCAUCACACAAAGGCUGAUCAGCCUGAACUUUUCUUCUAAAGGACUUUACAAGAAAGGUUUCUAUGGAAUAUUUUGCUAGCUGUGGUGUUCACCGCAUCCCUCUAGUCUUAUAAAAGAAGAAUUAUUCCUUUUUUCUGUAUUCAUUUUGUGGGGUAUGUGCAUAAGUGGGAGAGAAAAAAAAAAACCAAACAAUCUACUUCAGUUCAGCGUAACUAAUUGUGUGGGUACAAAGAUUUUUUUAACGGAGACUUCUGACUUUGCCACUGUAAAUGCCUUUAACAAGCAUUGAUUUUUUUAAAUUUUUACAGAGUUUUAUUAGUUUUACUACUUUAUCUUAUAACUGACUACAGACUUGUGCUAGUCCAAGUCAGGCUGCCAGGCAAUCACACUAUAUUUGGCUGUAGAUUCAGAUAGGCAGUUCUCUUAUUUAGUUGACUUUUGUGAAUGUGUAACUUAAGCAGAUGUAAUGCAUGUCAUGGUGGCAGAUAACACUGCCAUGACAAAAAGUACUCAUGUUUCCCCCUCUUUGAGAAAAAGAAUUAGCUUUUAGUACCUUUCAAAGUUUUCAAAAGUGCCCAUUUUAUGCUGCUGUGUGGUUUGUUAGAUCUAAAUGAUUUUUAAAAUUUUCUCAUAGAAAAUUAACUUUGGCAAUAAACAUUUUUUAAGGUCCCUUCUCUUCCUCCCCAACAAUGUAGUUUUCUAGAUGAGAUUUCAGUAUGAUUUUAUCGGCUGUUUCUUAUAGAUCAUAAUCUGGCAAUUUCUGAUACCAGUCAGAUAAGACAUAUAUUUCCAUGCUUUUUAAAAGACUUAUUUUUAUCUGUUUUAUAGUCACAAUUGAUGUCCUGUCAUUUGUUUUAAAAAUAAGCUAGAACCAGGAUGCAAUUGGAUAGGCUUUGCCAAUCCUUAAGGUACAUUGAGUGAUGCUACAACUUGCAAAAAUGUACCAGAAUUUAAAACUUUUUCCCUGGAAAUCAAGGUUACCCACAAAAUUACUUGCAGUGUACAUUUUUGCUUCACUUUUUACAUGAGAUGUACUUAGUGGGAUUUCCUUCCUUUUAUAAAAUUAAAGCUGCAUAGAAAAGAUUGAUUUCUCUUUAAAAGAUUCUGGAUCCUUCUCAUAAGGAAACAGGAUUCCUUUCUUAUCCAAACAAAGGAAGUUGAUCUAAAGCAAGUAUCAGCUAAAAUGUAAGGGGAAAUGUAUUUUGUAUUUAGUGUAGAUAGUACUUUGUGAAUGGACAACAGUUACAUAGAAUCUUGGUGGUUCCAGCCAGUGUUUCCCAGCUCCAAUUUUACUGACUUGCGAUUCUCUAUCCUGGAUCCUUAGGAGUGAGAGCUAGAAGAGGGGCAAAAAGACCCAGAAUAACCACACUCCAUAGGGCUGAGGAAGGUGCUGAAGAAGACAGAGACACAGCAUGUAACCUCAGUCUGGAAACCGCUGGGGAGGGAACACUGGAUCUGGUGGUGAAGGGUGUUUGCUUAAACUCAUUAAUUAGCCAGUCCAAAUCUCUUCAACUAGCCUUCUCAAAAUCCCAGCAAUAUAGAACAUUGUUUUUCUUCAAUCUUCUAAAUAAGCUUGUAAAUACACUGAAGUUUACAUUUCCAUGAGCUGUUGAUCAGCGGUGCCACCAGUGUUUGCUGAAACUGGUCUCUUGAGAGUUUUAUAAUGUGUAUUGAGUCCGAUAAAUCAUUAAGAUGGCUGCAGAUAUCACUUUCCUCUGCAUAGAGUGGGUGAGAGCAAGCUCUGUACUUGAGGCACAACAUAAGCAGGAAUGAAGAGAUGGCAGAUGUUAAUUUAUAAGAUUUUUCUUUUUCUUCUCCUUUUUUUUUUUUCCAAAUACCUCACUUGGAUAAUACAAAUCAGGACAUGUUGGGGAGAGGCUGGCUGCUGUUUUUAUUCACACUUGUUCAGGGAGAGCACAGAAAAUAUCCUUCAUUCAGCAUGGCCACCCCGAACCCAAGAAGAGGAAACAUGGAACUUUUUUUUUUUUUUUUUUUUUUUGAGAAGGAAGACUUUCAGGAGUCCAGGAUAUGAAGAAUUCUUGGUGGCUGGCUGGCUGGCUGGCUGGCUGGCCAGCAGGCACCACACCUGUACUUGAGUGCCUCUGGUUUGGUAAUAAGGCACAGAGCACAAAGGAGCAUCGCUUCAUCCCUCGCCUGUCUGGAGCAGGGAGUAAGGCAGAGUACCUGGAAGCCUUGAUUCACUUGCCUGCAGUUGACUUUAUGCUGGACCUUGAACUAUAUGACUAAGUUUGUGUGACUUAGUCCUAUUACACUGGAGCAAAUCAGUGUGGUGGUGGAGGAAAUGCCGGGAGGCCUAUUUUUUAUUUUUAAUAGGAAAAUAAUACCUUUAAGGGUACAAUGCUGCCGUUUUUGAAAUCUGGAAAGAAAUCUGGAAGAACUAGGAUUAUUGGGGAAAACUUGCUGAGGGAUUGAAUUUUAAGAAAUAAUCACUGCAGAAUCAGAGUUACAUAUACUUCCAAGCAAGACUGAAUGGGCAGUUCUAAUUGGGCCGGACUCGGGACUGACUGAAUUGUUAUGCAUGUGUCAAUCAAUGGGAGGUGUGCAUCUCUAGAAGUAGUUCUUGGCUGUUUUUCAUUUAUUUUCUUUUUGUUGUUGUUGUUGUUUUUGGGGAUACAGCCUGUUUAGGUACUGUCAUGUGGUGUGAAAGAUAUAAAUGUAGAAAUGCUAAUGAGUUACAAGUUGGGAAUAAAGAGGGGAGUAUGAAAAGACUGGCAAAGACCCAAUUAUGUUUGAACCAAUUAUGUUUUACUGUUAGCUGUUGACUUCUGAGUGGUUUGUAAAGGCUUCGUGUAGCCAGCAGUCUGGGUAGGCUGAACAUUUUCAUUCUUACUGUAAAUUCUAUUUGCUGCUUCCAAAGGUGAUGAUUUACCAGCAGACAUAUUCCAUAUGAUCUGUAUCUUAGGACCUGGUGCCCAGCCUAACAGAGCUUAUCUACCUGCUUCUGCUACCUAUCCUCCAUGGGAAAAGGUAAUUCACUGUUUCACAAGGCUCACUUUCUCCUUCCUGCCCUUGUGACCCUUUGUGGAUGUGCUGUAAGACUUUCUUGCUCAAUAGCAAGGUGGUAGCUCUGCUUUCAUUUUAAGAAAGUGGAGGCUGAGGGCAUUGUGUCAAGAUUGCUUCGGUUCCAAGGAUUUUCCUUAUAUAAUUAAAGGGAAGAUCUUACUGAUGAAGCAUUUCCUUGUUCCUUGCUAUUAACCUAUUCAUGCUCUUUUUAUGUCUAGUGGCUGAAAAUGUUUGCAUUUGUUCACUUGACUAAUGCUGUAAUUUUUGUUUCUAUAUUGUUAGACUUGUAAUGUUUUAAAAUGUAUUUUAUUAAAUUUGGACAGGAUGUACGUCUCUAGCAAUACGAGGUACUUUCUAAACUAUUGAGGGAGGGAUGGUAUUACGGUAUUACUAUGUUGAGAUAAGAGGAUGAUUGUUUAAAUUUUGCAAUUUUUUUUUUUGGCCUGCAGGGAUAUUUUGUGUUCAUGUGUCAAAAAAAAGAAUAAAUUGGUGUUCUUAUGCCAAAAGUUG